AUGCGUCCUUACUCGCUCAAACUCCUGACCGCUGCUGUAAUCGCUCUGUCUACCGUGAGCUCUUCGAAGGAAUACGGCUUCAAGAUGGCUCAAGUCGACCGCCCGACUGCUGGUCCUUCUCACGCCGAUAACCGCACUGCCAUUCACGACGAUCGGCUGCCACAAGCAAACAGCGCCACGGAUAGCGAAGAGCGGGCGCCAGGACCAAGCAAACCCGUCUUUUUGUUUGGAGUGGAGUUGAAGGAGACGACACCGCUGUUUCUAGAGAACGCUCUUACCCGCCAAGUUGAAAGCGCGCAGGCACACAUAAGACCAAACCCAGUUGGUGAUCGCCCUGUGUCGAGCCUUUCUGAAGCGACGAAAGCGCAUGUUGGCACGCAUGUUGAGCCGGUACAAUUCAGUUUCAAAGGACAAGAUGGCAUACGCGUCCUGGCGGAACAGAACCCAAAGUUCAGCACAGAGAAGACGACCGAGUUACGGGAGACGUUGGAACCGACUGUCACGGAGUAUAUGAAGGCAAAUAAUGUUGUUGGAAAGUUUGAGGAAGUACGAGCGUCUCCUAUGAUGUUUCACCCUGAUACAGUGAAGCUUCUGAUGAACGCUGUCGAAAAGUGGAACGCGAAACAUCCGGAUAGACGUACGUUUUUGCUGGACGCGCUUGUGGUGAUGUUUGAUGACGUAGCCAAUCUCGCGCCUGCUUUGGCGAAGGCAAAGAAGAUACGAUUCAGCAAAGUUGACGCAACACGGUGGCAGGAAGAGAUGCUGACGCAUUACAUUAAUUAUAAAGUUAAGCCCAGACGUGUUUUUGACAUACUCGAGUUGGGAACGAAAAGCUGGACGCUCGAAAACCUGGACACGUUUGACGUAUACCUUUGUCUUUAUCAGAAGAAGUUUAACAUUAGCUGGAAAAAGAGAAAGACCACGGGUUUGAUGGCGUAUCUACGCAAUGAAUUUAGCCUCAUCGAGGUCAUACGGAGGGUAAAGGCCGGUAGAGAGCAUUCACAAUACCCCGACGAGAUACCGGCACGUCUUGUGGAGUCAUUGAAAGGCGACAGUGAGAAUUGGAUCGACGAGGUUGAUGACUUGCUAGGGCUUUCCAACCAAGUGUCGAUGGGAAAGUUUUCACCUGCGGCGCGGAAUGCAAUUCGUGCUUUCGUUAAAGCACACCCUGAUUCUCUGCUUGACGCGGAUGUGUCCCUAGCCCAAAAGUUGAGUGCUGCAGAAGCGCUCAAAGAACCAGCCCCAAGACGCCAAAGGACUGGAUGA